AUGGCACCAAGAUACCCUGCCAGCUUGAGAGGUCGUCUGCCUUGGUUACUUCUUUUGUUACAGACAGUCUUUCUAGUUGUUUUUAUGAUUGUUUUGCCCCAAGGCUACAAACUUGAGAAAAGUCUGAAAGGAUAUCCAGCAUUGCAAGAUGUAACUGUCCUGAUUUUCCUUGGACAUGGAUUUCUAUUCGGAUUCUUAAAAAUGUUUGCAUUCAGUGGGAUUGCUUUCAACUUUUUAAAUGCAGCAAUAGGAUUGCAGUGGGCCAUUAUUUUAGAUACCUUAAUAUUUAAGAACUAUACUGAAAUGGAAACCAUUGGCAUAAACAGCCUAAGAAAAGGACUAAUGAGCACUUUUCCAGUCUUAAUCUCAUGUGGAGUUGUGUUAGGAAAAAUGAAUCCCGUACAGUUGGUUGUGAUGACUUUACUGGAAUUACCUGUAUUUACUGCAAACAGAUACAUUAUGACACAACAUCUUAAGAUGAAUAAUCAUAAUAGCAUGAUGCAUGGUCAUAUCUUUGGAGCAUAUUUUGGACUUGCUGUGUCAUGGAUAAUUAUACCACCUUUACCAGGAAACAAAGCUAGUGAAGAGAAUGAGAAAUCUAGACCAAAAUCAGAACUAUUUUCCAUUUUGGGAACUUUAUUUCUGUGGAUGUUCUGGCCUUCAUAUAACUCUAUAAUGCUGACUGAUUCUUCCCAGUUAAGAAACGCGGUCUACAAUACUUUUUUCAGUUUGGCUGCCAGUACUGUCACAGUAUUUUCUGUAUCAGCACUCCUGAACCAGAAGGGAGCAUUUAAAAUGAUCAUUGUCCGAAAUGCAAUACUAGCAGGAGGGGUUUCUGCUGGAUUUAUUGCUUAUAUGGUCCAGCAUCCAUGGAUUUCAAUGACCCUAGGUUUAUUAGCUGGGUUGGUUUCUACAAUUGGUUUCACAUACUUACAGAAUACAAUGAAUUUCAUCACAUUAGUGCAUGAUACAUGUGGAAUUCACUAUACUUUUGGAAUGCCGGGACUUCUUGGAGGUAUAGCCUAUACAGUCAUAAUCCUAGUGGCAGAUUUUGGCAUAGGAAUAUCAAGCUUCCAAGCACUUGUUGGUGUUGGUUGUAUUCUUCUAACAUUGACACUAAGUCUAGGUGGUGGAAUUCUUACAGGUCUUCUGCUUAAAUGUAAGCUACUGAUGCCCCCCAAGAAAUGGCAUUUCUUUCAUGAUCAACCAUAUUGGGUGUUCCCCCAUGUGGACUCUCAUAUCUGACAAGGACAAUCGAUGAUUUGACAGCUGUCUACCUGAUCAACUUAUUUAAAUCUCUAUUCAUAAUAUAUCAUCAUUAUUGCAUCUGCUGGAGUUAAAAUAACAUGGAGACAUGGGUUCUAAUGUGGAAUACACUUUGUAGGCAUUUUUUGUGAUUCAUUUUUAGGUUAACGAAAAUAUUUUUACCAAAUAAGUUUAUUAAUGAAAAUGUAUUAUGUAUUUAUAUUUAGGUUUAAUCACUGAAUGUGUGCGUAUAGAAGAGACAUUUUUUUAUGUUUAAUUUAAGGGGUUAUCCACCAUAAGGUGAGUUUAGUAAGUACCUGGCAGGAUCUGCGCUUGUCUUGGGGCUAAAUGGCUACCAUAACACUGUGGCUAGCUUUAUGUGAACUGGUAUUUCCAUUUUGAGUUUUCUUUUUUGCCUAAAAAUCCCAUAAUUCCAUUUUCCUCCCUCCCACACAUCAGCCACCCCACCCACUGAAACAUAAGUGAGCUGCAUCCAUUCAAAAGACCUAUGGUUUUCAAUUAGGGUGUCUACAGCUGUUGCAUUAGUUGCAGAUUGAUCUCUCUCCCACCAAGCGAUCCCUCCCCCAUUGAAGCAGACAGGCUCCCUGUCAUCAGCUGACUAGUGAGUCAGGUCUCGGCUGCAUUGCAAUCUGGGAAAAAUCUGAGACAACAGUCAUUUUGUAUGCUGGUAAAAAUAAAUAUUGAGGUGAAAUUCACAUAAGAUUUGUGAGAAAACCGUCACACACAGGUACAGACACUAUAUUAUGAACUACACUAACUUUACAGCUCCUGUAGCAUAUUCAAAUAAAAAAAAAAUCCUGGAAUACCCCUUUAAUGUUUUUAUAAAAAAAAAAAAAAAAAAGGAAAAAAACAACCCUAAUGGCUGUCAUACUAGAGACACACACUUCUGUUCUGUUCAGUCUAUAUACAAGGUGCCGAAGGGUGUUUGUGCUUUAUGGCAGCUGUAACAAAUCAAUAUAUGUUCAGAGAAAUGUCUGAUCUUUACAGUCUCCAGGAAGACAGAGAGUACAGCUAGCUGUACUUAUCUGGGCAUCGAACAGUACAAUAGAGCUGUCAUUAUAUCCCCCUCCUCUGCUGACCUUAGAAAACAGGCAAUAUCAGCCUAUAGGUCAUGUUAAAGGGUACCUCUCAUCAAAUAAACUUUUGAUAUAUUUUAGAUUAAUG